UUUUUGAAUGGGGAGAGUGGAAUUUACCAAAGGAUAAUCUCCUAAGGACUUGUUUUCUGAUUGCAGCCUUUGAGUUAUUAAGAUCGCUGUAUUUCUCAUUUAGUUCAGUUUCUGUCAUGUUAGUGCAUACGAAUUCGUACACCAUAAUAGCUUUCAUAAGCACAUUGGCUUGGAUUUUAACCGUUGUGGUACUUACUGUGGGUCUAUGGAAGAAUCGUCCAACUCUUCUUGUUUUUUGGCUCUUAUUUUCUGGCUUUGCCACUGCCACGGACAUUAUUUAUCUGAUAUGGAAUGUAACAGCUUCGCCUGUUUUCGAUGAACAACAUUUCAAGCACUGGACUAUGUCAUACUUUGGAAUUUUUUAUGAGUGCACAUGCUUGUACUUGGUAUUCAGAUAUUUUAAGAGAUUAUAUUCCUACUCACUUCUGGAAGGCGCUAACUACGAUUGGACCUCAAAUUAUACUAAAGAGUCAGCAAGUGAAACAACCUCUUCAACAUCAUUUACAAAGACCUCUGAAAAGACAACUGAGAGAAAUUAAUUUAACUUGGAUAACGUGAAGAAGUUCUUUUGAUGGUCCCAGACUAGCGGACAUUCCUUAUGAAUUACAAAAAAUAAAAGAAAAAAUAAAAUAUUUAUUUCAUGUAAUCGCUA